AAGUCGGACGCUACUGAGCAGUUAGGUACGUGUACAUUAACAAUGGCCGAGUCGACUGGCGAAAUCAAUUCAACCAUUGAGAUUCCAUCUGAAAUCAAUUCGAUCGAAGAAUCUGGUGCUGAACAGCAACCUGUCCAGCCAGUUAAUAACCAGAAUGCGAAUCAAAAGAAGGUGACAUGGAAGGAUUCAAUCAAAAAUUUGUUUUCAUUCGGACGCAAUAAUGAGAGCGAUACAAAUACAAGGGACGGUCCCGAUGCAAAUUCUACUGCCGGAUGGCGACAAAACAAUUCAAUCAUGAUUUCGGAAGGAAUAAACAACAAGAAAACAUUGGCCAACGGACUGAUGGAUUUCGCUUUCCUGACGGCCAACGCCAAUCAGCUGCAAAACGCCGUCGUCAGCAGCGAAAGCCAAGAACGGACGACCAGCAUCGUUCUCAUUUCCAUUAGCAUUCUAUUCCAGAUUACUGUGGGCUUUCUGUUAAUUUUCGGCUCUUACAUCCAAUCGAAAUUGGAUAGCGCGACCAACAGCGAGUUGCAAGGUGAUGCUGACCAACAACCGAAUAUCCAGGCCAAAUUAUUUUGGAUCAAUUUGAUUAAUCACGCGACGAUCGGACUCGUUUUCUUGGUCGCCGUAAUCAACAUUUUUAUCGCUUCUUUCACUCACUCGUAGAAUGACUAGAAUCUUAAAAAAUAAAAAGCAACACUUUGUAAAACGUUCAUUAUCAUUAUUCUUUUCUAAAUAGCUACCGAAAUGUUGAAUUUUUUAUUGUUCAAAGAUUUUAAAAAAGAAAAAAAAAAGUUUAUUUGAACGAGCCGCUUCAAUUACCAGGUAACAAAAAAAAAUAAAAAAAAUAAAAA